UGCGUGAUCUUGUGCCUUCAUGUAGUGUCUACUACAGGUCGACCCCGCCUCCCUCUGCACACAAGCGACUGUAAACGAAGGAUCCCAAAUGGUAAAAUGGCUGAGAAGCAGAAACACGAAGGCAGGGUUAAGAUAGGACACUAUAUCCUCGGGGACACACUCGGAGUUGGCACCUUUGGGAAAGUCAAGAUUGGAGAGCACCAGCUAACUGGACAUAAAGUUGCAGUUAAGAUCCUUAAUCGACAGAAGAUUCGCAGUCUCGAUGUGGUCGGCAAAAUCAAACGGGAGAUCCAGAAUCUCAAGCUCUUUCGGCAUCCUCAUAUCAUCAAGCUGUAUCAGGUGAUCAGCACCCCCACAGACUUCUUCAUGGUGAUGGAGUACGUGUCUGGAGGGGAGCUCUUCGACUACAUCUGUAAGCACGGAAGGGUGGAGGACACAGAGGCAUUAACAGUCUCUCUCUCUCUCUCUCUCUCUCUCUCUCUCUCGGAGCAGGUGGAGGACACAGAGGCCAGGCGGCUCUUCCAGCAGAUUAUCUCUGGGGUGGAUUACUGCCACAGACACAUGGUAGUUCACCGGGACCUGAAACCUGAGAACGUCCUGCUGGACAGCAGCAAGAAUGCCAAGAUCGCCGACUUCGGUCUAUCCAACAUGAUGUCAGACGGGGAGUUCCUGAGGACCAGCUGCGGGUCUCCCAAUUACGCUGCCCCAGAGGUCAUCUCCGGAAGGCUGUAUGCUGGUCCCGAGGUGGACAUCUGGAGCAGCGGGGUCAUCCUCUACGCCCUCCUGUGCGGGACGCUGCCCUUCGACGAUGAACACGUUCCCACCCUCUUUAAGAAGAUCCGUGGCGGAGUCUUCUACAUCCCAGAGUACCUGAACCGCUCGGUGGCCAACCUCCUGAUGCUCAUGCUGCAGGUCGACCCCCUGAAGAGAGCCACCAUCAAAGACAUCAGAGAGCACGAGUGGUUCAAGCAGGACCUGCCAGGCUACCUGUUUCCUGAGGACCCGUCGUACGACUCCACGGUGGUGGACGAGGAGGCGGUGCGCGAGGUGUGCGAGAAGUUCGAGUGCACCGAGUCGGAGGUGAUGAGCAGCCUGUACAGCGGCGACCCCCAGGACCAGCUGGCCGUGGCCUACCACCUCAUCAUCGACAACCGGCGCAUCAUGCACCAGGCCAGCGAGUUCUACCUGGCCUCCAGCCCCCCCACCGGCUCCUUCAUCGAGGAGGGCAUGGCCCUGCCGCCGGGGGUCAAGCCGCACCCCGAGCGCAUGCCCCCGCUGCUGGUGGACAGCCCCAAGGCGCGAUGCCCCCUCGACGCCCUCAACACCACCAAGCCCAAGCCGAUCACCGUCAAGAAGGCCAAGUGGCACCUGGGAAUCCGUAGCCAGAGCAAACCCUACGACAUCAUGGCCGAGGUGUACCGGGCCAUGAAGCAGCUGGAGUAUGACUGGAAGGUUGUGAACCCGUACCACCUGCGUGUGCGGAGGAAGAAUCCAGUCACAGGCAACUUUGUGAAGAUGAGUCUGCAGCUCUACCAGGUGGACAACCGGAGCUACCUGCUGGACUUCAAGAGCAUUGAUGACGACAUCAUUGAGCAGAAGUCCGGCUCGUCUACGCCGCAGCGCUCUGGCUCCAUCGCCGGACUCCACCGGCAACGCCUUAGCAUCGACUCGGCGUCGGUCGCCAUGGAGAUGCCCCAGCUCAGCAGUUCCCUGCCGGGCUCGCUGACGGGCAGCAUGCCGAUGCUGGCACCUCGCCAGGGCAGCCACACCAUGGACUUCUUUGAGAUGUGCGCCAGCCUGAUCACCACGCUAGCACGCUGAGAGGCCCGACGCCAGCCAGCCAGCCUGUGUCCAGCCAGCCUGUGUCCAGGUAGCCUGUGUCCAGGUAGCUGGCGUGGCCCAUAGAGAGGUCAUUUUGGGCCGCCAAACCACCACCACCACCAGGGGCACAGAUUGCCUGUAAGUCAUCAUAAUCCGGAAACUCCACCCUCCCCCUGCCUACUCUCACUCUCUCUUCCUUUCUCCCUCUCUCCCUCUCCUCUCUCUCCCUCUCUUCCUC